CGCUGCAGCUAUCCCGUGACGUCAGCGCCGGGCGCCGUGUAGUUCCGCCCCCUGCCGGUCAGUGAAGCACUUCCUCCGCGCGGGGCGUGACGUCAUCGCUGAGCGCCGCGGAGCGGGGAGGGGUCGGGCCGGAGGCGGCCGCGGGCGGCGCCGGGGCCGAUGGGGGUCGCGGAGGAGGAGCCGGGCGAUGGCGGGUGAGGCAGCGGCCGGCAGCGGGGACCUGGGAGCCGGCGUGUGGCAGCCCCUGCGGGUGCCCCCAUGAACGAGCGUCGCGGCCGGGGCUGCCGGGACACCACGGGGCACCAUGAGAGCGGGCCACGAGCGCAGCCAGGAGUGCCUCCCGCCAAAGAAGCGGGAACUUCCCGCCGCCAGCUCCGGCACCGAGGCGGGACGGGCGGGGGGUACCCAAGCUUCAGGCGAGGGCCCCGAGUGGGCUCGGACAGCUGGGCUGGGUCCCACAGCGCUGCGCUAUGGCUCUGGCGAGGCCACAGAAGCAGUGCCAGGGCUAACGGUGGACCAAUAUGGGAUGCUCUACAAAGUGGCAGUGCCACCUGCCACCUUCUCUCCCACGGGCCUGCAUCCUGUGGUGAACGUGAGCCCCAUGCCCCCUGCCUUCAAUGUGACCUCACCAAUAAUCCAGCACCCAGGGGUGCCCUACCCUCCCAUCCACUACGCGCAGAUCCCUCCAACGUCCCUACAGUUCAUCGGCUCGCAUUACACAGUGCCCUAUGCUGUUCCUCCUGGCUUCCUGCCUAGUCCUCUCCUGUCUCCUUCCACCAACCUCACCGCCUCUCAUGUCUCCCACUUUGUGCCAUAUGCCUCUCUCUUCACGGAGGAAGCCGCUCCUUCCCCCCAGACUACCUCUCCUACCCACACCUUCAACAAACAAGCUUCUGCAGUCUCUCCUUCUGGCCAGAUGCAGCACCAUGCUGGGACGCAGCCAUUAGACAUUACACCAGGUAGAAUUCCUGUUUAUUAUCAGAUGUCUCGGCUACCACCAGGGUAUUCAGCAUAUGAGACACCUACAGCAGGUGGGAGCCCAGGGUCUCCUCGUCAAGACAGUCAGCUAAGUUCGGAGGUAGCUGCUGCUAAUGGUGGACAAAGGCAUCUGGAGCAUAGUGUGGUGAGGAGGACCAGUGAGGCUGUGGACUCUGCCAGCAGUAAAGCUGAAGAGUGUCUGCCGGGGACUGCAGUGGGAUGUGUGGUUGAUGGACAGUUCCUUUCAAGUUACCAGACACUGGGAACAGAGGUCUCUGUGCCAGCUCAAAGAAGCACCCCAGAUGCUGAUCUGGAGGUUCAGAGGGUGGUAGGGGUGUUGGCAUCUCAGGAUUAUCAUGUUUUGGCAGCCCAGAGGAAAGAUGACCCGAGCCCUUUAAACCUUUGCCAUAAUGUCCCUGAUCAGCAGGGGGAGUCAAAGGAUGCGCUGAGGAACGCAGUGGAAAGGGCUGCUGCCGAGAAAAGCCAGUCCAGGAGUCCAUACGUAAUGUCCCCCGAAGAGCCGGUUAGACAAAGACAAUUAACCAAAGGAAUGGUGAUAGCCAACGGCAAGCCAGUCCUGGUUCCCGUUGGAUCUGAGCCCGUCCGGUUUUCUACUUCAGAAAGCCUGGCGAGGCGGAGCCCUGAUGCACAGGCUCGAGGAAGCAUGCUUGAAAAGGACUUGGCCCGGCCACAGCCACCCAGCUCUUCACACUUGCCCUCUCACUUCAUGAAAGGAGCCAUCAUCCAGCUGGCAACGGGGGAGCUGAAGCGGGUAGAGGACCUGCAGACUCAAGACUUUGUUCGCAGUGCGGAGGUGAGCGGGGGCCUGAAGAUCGACUCCAGCACUGUGGUGGAUAUUCAGGAAAGCCAGUGGCCUGGGCUUGUCACACUGCAUUUUGUUGUUGGGGAGCAACAAAGUAAAGUGAGCAUUGACGUGCCACCAGAGCACCCCUUCUUUGUGUAUGGCCAGGGCUGGUCCUCCUGUAGCCCAGGGCGGACUGCUCAGCUCUUUGCUUUGCCCUGUCACAGGCUGCAGGUGGGUGAUGUCUGCAUAUCAAUCAGUUUACAGAGCAUGAAUGGCAACUCUGCUUCUCAGGCAAACCACCCUCUCACAGAUCAGCUGAUACCUGCUAGGGAGAGAUCUGAAAGAAUGGCUCUGGUGUCCAGAGAACCAUCUGACAGAGCUGCUGAAAGGAAGAGCCACACAGAUAGGGACAGUGCAGUCCAGAGCUCUCAUGCAGAACCCUCUCAGCCUGAGACUGGCAGUCAGCACAGCUGGACAGCCCCAGGCUUCCAAAGAUACAGCAUGCAGGCAGAGGAGCCUCGACCCUCUCUGCUCCGUCCCUCUUUCAUUCCCCAGGAGGUCAAGCUGUCUAUCGAAGGGCGUUCUAAUGCAGGGAAAUGAUCCCUUUGAGGCUAUGAGUUAGGGCAUCCCCUGUAGGUGAGCCUCACCAUCAGAUGGAGAAAUUGCACAGACUUCAUGACAGGUUCACCAGCAAGGCUGCUUUCUGACCGGCAGGACUGGCUUUAUUCCAGUUCAGUGGCUGACCGGUUCCUCUUGGGGAAUCAAGAGGGCUCCAGUGCCUCAGGGAGCAGCGACAGACUAGCUGGGGUAGGGAACAGGGAUGCGCUCAUGAGUUUGCAAUGAGAGCAUUCCAGAGGUUGGAGGCUGGGGCUUUCUCACAUCUCCCUGAGGAACAGAUUCCCUGCAGGGCAGGGUAGAAGCAUUUCAGGAUAGGUGGGGAGAUGAGGAGGGCAGACAUGGCUUAAGGUAGCAGAUGAAAUUGCUGAAUAUGUUAUUCCUCCUUUCUCAUGAUAGGGAGAUAUGGGUCCCCACUGGAGUUUGGGGGGCUCUACUCCCAGUUUCCCUUUUCUUCACACAUGCACUUUAAAAGGACCGUUCACCGAUGGAGCUCUGGAGGGCAGGAUGGAGAUGCUUCUCUGGUGGUUCUGUUUAAUGUCUCUUCCACUGAAUCCAACUGCUCUUUCUUCUUGCAAAGAAUGUACGGAUUUGAAUGAAUCACAGAAAUUCAAGAGGAAGGAUCAAAAGGAUGGGUUUGGGUGUAGGUGAAUAGGGAACUUAAGCACUUGGGAUGGGACACGAGCUGGGAUGGGAUACAUCAGCUUCCUGCUAUAAAAUAUAUUUCAUUAUUUGCCACCAAAUUGAAUCUUUCUUGCCCUGUUAACAACUUAAAAAAUAAUCUCUUGGGCUUGUAGCUUUUGCAGAGGCUUAGCCUAUGGAUGAAUGAGGUUGGGGGUUUGGGUUGGAUUUUGAUGUUUUGGGUUUUUGUUUGUUU